AUGUCUGGAUUAAAAAGAAAAUAUAUGGGCGGGGCGGAAAAACUUCGAAUCAAAGCUAAUAAUAAAAAAGAAAUUGAAAAAUUAAAAGGUUCUCUUGACAAUUAUAUAACGAAAAAAUUAACAACACCAGAAACCGUUAUAAAUGAAUCAAUAGAAAGAAGCUUAAAUAGUAAUAGUGAAACAUGUUGCACCCCUGAUUUAAUUGUUAAAAACUCUGAUACUAGUAAUACUAGUUGUACUAGUACUCAAAAUAACCCUGUUUCAAUCGAACAAGUGGUUCAAAUAGAAGACAAUAUUAUUAGUGGUGAAAAGUGUAAAGUUGAUUCAAACUCAUUCAUAAAAGGUUGUGGAAAUUAUGAAAUAGAUUACAGCAAGUUGAAGAAAAAUGUUGCUUUAUGGCCAUUAAAAAUCUCAAAUGAAUUUCAAGAAUUUUUUGUGUUAUGUAAAGUUGGUUUUGAUGAUUGGAGACAUGUUUCACGACGUCUUACUGGACAUGAACGUUCUAUAAAUCACAGAAAAUCAGUGUGUUCUUUAUCCAACCGUGCAAUGAAAAAUAGUCGAAUUGAUCAAGACAUCGUGUUGCAGCAUAAAAAAGAAGUUGAGUAUUGGAGAAAUGUGCUUAAAAGAACUGUCGCAGCAAUUAAGUUUAUUUCUCAAAGAGGACUACCAUUUUUUGGAGAUGAUGAAAAGCUUAAUUCACCACAUAAUGGAAUAUUUUUAGGAAUAUUAGAGUUGAUUAGUGAAUUUGAUCCAUUUUUAGCAAAUAAUCUAACCACAUAUGGAAAUAAAGGAUCCGGAAAUACAAAUUACAUUUCAUCUUAUACUGUUAGAAAACUGAUUGAUCUAAUGGCUAAUAAAGUAUUAAAUCACAUAUUAAUGGAAGUUAAAUCUGCAAAAUAUUUUGGAAUUAUUGUAGAUUCCACACCCGACAUAACUCAUAAUGAUCAGAUGGCAUACGUGUUGAGAUAUGUUAAUGAAAGUGGUGAAGUGUUUGAACGUUUUAUUAAACUUGAAAACAUUCAUGGUCAUACAGCAGAAUAUUUAUUUUCAACUAUAAAAGCUAUGUUUGAUAAAGUAGGACUUGACAUAAAAAACUGUGUUGGUCAGUCUUAUGACAACGCUGCUAAUAUGUCCGGUAAAUAUACUGGACUCCAAGCCCGCAUUAAAGAGUUAUCUCCUGUAGCAACCUAUGUUCCAUGUGCUGCACAUUCAAUAAAUUUAGUAGGAGUAAAUGCAGUUUCAUCAAGCACUACAACAGUAAACUAUUUUGGUGUUGUCCAAGCAUUAUAUGUAUUUUUUUCUUCUUCCCCUCGUAGUCAACAUCACAAACACAUAAAAGCAUUAAGGCUUGGAUAUAAUGAAGUAUUGGUAGCAUUGGAAGAUAUCAGACAAGAUCUAAAUCAAAAUCCAAUAACUCAAAAUGAAGCCAGACAACUUCUUUCGAAGCUUAAAAAAAAAGAAACUGGUGUUUUAACCACAGUAUGGAACUCAAUUUUACAAAGAAUUAAUAGCGUUAACAAGGACUUACAAUCAUCUAAAAUUAAUGUAUCAGCUAUAGUUCCUCUUUAUACUUCAUUAAUUGAUUUUAUUCAAAGUAUCCGGGAAAAUUUUACAACGUAUGAAGAGGAAGCAUCCAGCUUAAACAUAACUUCAGAUUAUUCACUAAAAAGAAAAGUGAAAAAAAAGUCAGAUAUUAUCAAGAAUACAUCAAAUUUAUUGGACCAUUUUCCUGAUGACUUGGAUAAAGAAACCUUUGUUGAUGAAAUGCUACAAUUCCAAGAAUUAAAAAUGUCAUUGUUUAGCGAUGAUAAGACUAUAGAUGAUCCUCAAUACCAACUUAAAUACCUAAAAUCGAUGAACAUAAGGCAUACGUUUCCCAAUAUUGAAACUGUGUUACAAAUCUAUUUGACGAUUCCUUGUACAAAUUGUAGCAGCGAACGAUCAUUCUCAGCGUUAAAACGUGUAAAAACUCGAUUGAGAUCAUGUUUAUCUCAAGAUAGGCUUGAUAAUCUGACUCUGUUAACAGUAGAACACGAAAUAACAAAACAACUAUCAUAUGAUGUGUAA